AGUCGGGGCUGUGGAGAUGCUUGCUACCGAUCUAUUCUCCGUCCCUUAUCAAUCAAAAAGGGAAUUUGUUCGGCCGCACGACAAGUAUAACAUUGUGAUUGCUCUUAUAACGACAGCAACAGCUCGAGUUUUCCUAUACGACUAUAUGGACCAAAUAUUCAACGACCCAGACUGUAAACUACUUUAUACUGAUACGGACAGCUGCUACAUUGUUCAUCCAAAGGGAAAGUCUCCUCCGUUCCAAGUAGGUGACAUGCUUGGAAUGAUGAGUCGAGAGUAUGAGGAUAAUCACAUUGUAUCAAUUUACAUUGGAGGAUGUAAACAGUACGCGAUGAAGAUGCGCACAAAGAGCGGGGAGAUAAAAUAUGUUGUUAAAUGUCGCGGAUGUUGGGAUAGCGCGGAUUCUCCUCUUGACUAUGAUCAAUUAAAGGUAAAAUAUAAAUAUGACACUAACAAAUAUUUUUUCAAGAAAAUGGUCAACGCCUAUGGGAAGGAUCAGGAUCCAAUUGUACUUGAAAGAACACAUUUCCGUCCCAACUGGCGCAAAGGGGAAGUCUCAACACGCUCGCAGAAACGGUAUAAUUAA